AUGCCCAAGACAACAGCGGCCACGUCCAAGAGGCGCCACAACCCUCUCGAGGCCGACCUGGUCUCUACCGGCGUCCUCAAGAACAACUCCGGCAAAAAGACCAAGAAGACUCGCGCCGAAGACGACGGGGAUGAGCAAAAGUAUGUCGACGCCAAGGCUUCGCGCAACAUUCUGGCUAUGAGCCGUAGCCUCAUCGAGGAAGAGGAGAACCUCCGCACAACACAAAACGCCGCCUCCGGAUCUGCCCCUUCGGGGUUCGAGUUCGACCCAUCGAGAUUCGACCGCAACGAUGAAGAAGACGACAAGUUCGAGAACGACGAGGCCUGGGGCGAGGAGGAAGAGGAGGAAGUAGAGGAAAUCGAAGUCGACGCCACCGAUCUCGAGACAUUCAACCAGUUUAUCACACCCACAAUGAAUGAGGACCCGCUCCUAACACACGGAUGGGAUGGAAAGCCAGAAGGGGCAGAAGAGCAGGGACAGAGUGUGAACUUGGCGGAUCUGAUUAUGGCCAAGAUCGCGGAGAAGGAAGCCGGUGUUCCCCAAGGCGGUUACCGCGACGAGCCCGGCCCAAUUGAUGAGGACUACGAGAUCCCGCCCAAGGUGGUGGAGGUAUUUGAGAAGAUCGGCAUGAUUCUUUCUCGCUACAAAUCAGGGCCACUUCCGAAGCCUUUCAAGGUUCUUCCUCAGAUUCCUCAUUGGGAGGACAUCCUGCCUAUCACACAGCCCGAGUCCUGGACACCAAAUGCCUGCUACGCGGCAACCAGGAUAUUUGCGGCCGCCAAGGAGGCCGUUCUUCAACGGUUCAUGGAGAUGGUGAUCUUGGAACGUGUCCGCGAGGAUAUCCACGAGACCAAGAAGCUCAAUGUCCAUCUUUUCAACUCCCUAAAAAAGGCCCUUUACAAGCCUGGUGGUUUCUUCAAGGGCUUCCUGUUUCCUUUGGCGGCUUCCGGGACGUGCUCUCUGCGUGAGGCGCAGAUUGUCGCCGGUGUUCUGACCCGUGUCACCAUUCCGGCUGUCCACUCCGGCAUGGCCAUCAAGGGUCUGUGCGAAAUCUCUUCUGCGCAAGCUACUCAGAAGCUCGACUGCGUGAGCGCUACAAAUUUCCUCCUCAAGACUCUUAUCGAGAAGCGUCACGCCUUGCCCUUCCAAGCGCUCGACGCCCUUGUUUUCCACUUCCUUCGGUAUCCCGCUUUUGCCACCGGCGGGCACAUGGCACCCAACGCCUUGCCAGUCAUCUUCCAUCAGUGCAUGCUUUCAUUCGCUCAAAGAUACAAGACGAAUAUCACCGAGGAUCAGCGAGAGGCUCUUUUGGACCUUCUCCUAACCCACGGCCAUGACAAGAUUUCGCCUGAGAUCAGGCGAGAACUUCUCGCAGGCCGCGGAGGUGGUGUCCCUGUCGCGCAACCCGGUUUCGACGGCGAUGACACGAUGAUGGAUGCUUGA